CGAGAAUUCACAGUAUCACAAGCGCAGCUCAUCGCGAGACUAUCAUCCAGUCCUUUUGCCUGACUCCAGCUGGUAGCCUGCCUGCCGUUGACGGUUCCGUUGCAGUUGAGGUGAGAGCCGCCAGUCAUCAUGGGAAACAUCUUUGGCAACCUGUUGAAGAGCCUGAUAGGCAAGAAGGAGAUGAGGAUUCUCAUGGUGGGGCUGGACGCCGCUGGCAAAACCACCAUCCUCUACAAGCUGAAGCUUGGGGAGAUCGUUACCACCAUCCCCACAAUCGGUUUCAAUGUAGAGACAGUGGAGUACAAGAACAUCAGCUUCACCGUGUGGGACGUGGGUGGCCAGGACAAGAUCCGUCCCCUGUGGAGGCACUACUUCCAGAACACCCAGGGUUUGAUCUUUGUGGUGGACAGCAAUGACCGCGAGCGGGUGAACGAAGCUCGGGAGGAACUGAUGAGGAUGCUGGCUGAAGACGAGCUGCGGGACGCUGUUCUUCUCGUCUUUGCCAAUAAACAGGACCUGCCCAACGCCAUGAAUGCUGCAGAGAUCACAGACAAGCUGGGCCUGCACUCCCUACGCCACCGCAACUGGUACAUUCAGGCCACCUGCGCCACCAGUGGGGACGGUCUCUACGAGGGCCUGGACUGGCUGGCCAAUCAGCUGAAGAACAAAAAGUGAAAGGGCCGGUUGGUAGAGUGGGGAAGAGCCUGGGUGCCAGCUCCAGGUAGUGGUUAUAGUGGAUCCAUUGUGUUUACAUGGAGAGGCAGUGCUGAAAAGCUCCCAGGGGGUGACUCUCAAUGGCUUUCUCCCCCCAAAAUACUUUCAUUUCAUCUCUUUAUUUAGAUUUAAAUAGUUUGGAUCUGCUGUGAGCGUUUUUAAAUAUUUACAAACCAAUGGUAUCAAAGUUGACCUAAAUUACUUACACUCUUAUAAAGCUAAAUACAUGAAAUUUGGGAUGUAGUAUUAUAAUGUUACUGUAAAGGCAUAUAUACUUCCCCUUCUUUGCAGUCUCUUUUGACUUCCAUCACAUUUAUUUUGUUCAGACAAAAGUAAGAUGUAGACUCAUGAUGGCAGAGCAACUUUCCCUCGGAUACUCUAAACUUAAUGUAAAUUAUAAAGAAUCACCUAAUAGUAUAGUGGAAACAGUAUACUCAUAUAGGCUCAGAUUGAAUUGUCAUUUUCUGUCCAUUCCAAUGUUUUACCACCACCAAAUUAUGCGCUUCAGAGUUCAAAUUAUUUUCAGUUUUAUUUAAAAUUAGUUGUUAUUUAUUUUAUUAAACACAAAAUCUGAUGACAUACUGGAUUGGCUUAAACAAUUAAUAUUUUUGUUAACAUUUAUUUAUUGAUUUGUUUGUUGAUUUUAAUUUCUAAGCGCAUCACAUAGUUUCUCUCCAUUUUUCGCAAUGUGCAUUUACUGCUAAGGCAGCUAGUGAAAAAAAGCAACCCUGGUAUCACUCUAUAUUACCACUUCCCAAUCUGCAUGGAGAUAUUCCAGUACUGGCUCGUGGGCUUGUAAGAGCUGUGAAGUACCGCAGGCUGCUGCUGUAAAUACGUUCUUGGUCGACUUGCCUGGUUCAGUAAGGGUUAAAACAAUUUGUCUGGCAUCGAAGAGGUGUGAUAGCUGAACUCAUACAGAUGACAGAACAGGUGCACUGUACCAGCUCUGUGAAAGAAAAAAAAACGCUGCUAUCUACCUGCCUGUGGAGAGUGAUGCAGCAGAGCAUGUGACUGGCAAUAUCAGAGAGCUUACAUGGUUUUGAAUGUUUAUUUUUUAAGUUGGUUUGUGCAAGCAGCUGCACUAUAUCAGUAAAAAGAAUUCAUAAUGCUUGUCAUCUUAAUUUAAUCAUCCCUAACUGGCGUGACAUUAUACACGUUUCUUGUGUUAACCAUAUCUCUGUGUACCAUCUUGCACAAAAAUACUCCUAGAUGCAUUAUUGUUGUACAAAAAUGUAAUGUCUGUUUUUUUCUUGUAUUUUUAAAUGGGCUAUUUAUUUAUUUUUGGAACAAAAGGCAAGCGUUGAUUUUAGUGCUGUUUUUCUUAAUUUGCUAACUAGAUCAGACCGUUGUCUUUUUGAGUGUUCAAACAAAUUACAUCAUUUGAAAAGAUAGGAGAGAGGAUAAUACUGCAUCCUAAGGCAUGUUAAUACUGUACAAGAUCUGUAAUAAAAGUGAAUUAUAAUAGCCUGUUUCCCCAGACUAUAUUUCUUAGUCUAAAUUACUGCUGCUGGUUGGAACAAUGCUGUACUGAUAAAUGUUAUAGGUUUAGUGUAAAGUUUACCGACAACCUCCUAAUAUGCAAAAGCAUGCUUUUCUAUGUCAGCGCAACUGUAUAUAUGUUUAUGUAACAAGAAAAAGUAUGCCAUGGUAUUCACGUACAAAUUGAAAGUGUUGUUGAUACGCCUGUAGAUAUUGGGGUCACUGUGUUGGCAGAUAUGUAUAAGACAUAUGACAUAUGACAGCAGCUUGUGUGUGUGUGUGUGUGAUGUGCCCUCUAUUACAUUCGGUUUGGUGUGAACAUUGUUUUUGUGGCCUUAUAUUGCCAGUGGUUAAUUUCUCUUUGAUAAAAAUAGGUUUGUAUAUAUGUCCAAGUAUCUCACCCAUGAUCUGUAACACUGAUGCACUCACAGUACUGCUGUGGCAAAACAUCCUUCUUUCAAUGACUAUUGACUUUAACUUGCAAGACUGCAGAACAUUCCAACUGAUAACGUUUAUUCAUAAAAGGGUAAACUGAAAAUGGAUUUAUUUAAUUUAGUGGAAUAUUAUCAAGUGGAGGAAAUAAAAAACAACACAAACUGGUGCAAAAGUGUUGAAUGGUUUAAUGAUUCCUGGCACUAUAUCAAUCAAUCAAUAAAAAGACAGAAACACAAA